GUUGGUGACUGAAAUAUUACAUACGGAUUUGAUCAUCAUCGAGGGCAUAUUCCUUUGCUUAAAUCCGCGUGCUUGCCCGCAAGUUGCACUGUCACUCACUGCUUGCUGUGUCACACUGUGGCGAAAGAACGAUGUCUAGGCUAUAAAUGAAGACUCGCCGGCGGGCGCAAGUUCGCCACAAAGCCCGACGCCGGAUCGGAGCAAGCUACAACUCCGGCCGCUUUCUCCAUUAAAAGAGGAGGCCUUGAUUUGUCUAUGGCUUCUGGUAGAACGGCCAUGGCGGCAGCGACGCUGCUUGUGCUGGGCGCGAGCUUGUGCUUGCUGGUGAGCGGCGGCGUUCCGGCGGCGGCGGCGGUGGAGGUGGAGAAGAACAAGAAGUCGUACCCGCCGUUGGCGAAGGGGCUGUCGUUCGAGUUCUACAAGAAGAGCUGCCCGCAGGCGGAGUCCGUGGUGCUGGGGUACCUGAGGAAGGCCGUCGCCAGGGACGCCGGCCUCGCCGCCGCGCUCAUCCGGCUCCACUUCCACGACUGCUUCGUCAACGGCUGCGACGGCUCGAUCCUCCUGACGAAGACGCCCGGCGGGCCGGACAGCGAGCAGGAGCAGCCGCCCAACGUGACGCUCCGGCCGUCGGCGCUCAAGGCCGUCGGCGACAUCCGCGCCCUGCUGGAGAAGGCGUGCGGCCGCGUCGUCUCCUGCUCCGACAUCCUCACCAUCGCCGCCCGCGACUCCGUCAAACUGGGCGGCGGGCCGGAGUACAAGGUGCCGCUUGGGCGGCGCGACGGUCUGACGUUCGGGACGAGGGAGCAGGUGCUGGGCGCGCUCCCGCCGCCGAGCUCCAAGGUCCCCGUGCUCCUCUCCUUCCUGGCCAAGCUCAACCUCGACGCCGCCGACCUCAUCGCGCUCUCCGGCGCCCACACCGUCGGCCUCGCCCACUGCACCUCCUUCGACGGCCGCCUCUUCCCGCAGGUGGACGCCACCAUGGACAAGUGGUUCGCCGGCCACCUCAAGCUCACCUGCCCCGUCAAGAACACCACCAACACCACCGUCAACGACAUCCGCACGCCCAACACCUUCGACAACAAGUACUACGUCGACCUGCUCAACCGGCAGGGCCUCUUCACCUCCGACCAGGACCUCUUCGUCAACGCCACCACCAAGCCGCUCGUCACCAAGUUCGCCGUCGACCAGUCAGCCUUCUUCGACCAGUUCGUCUACUCCGUCGUCAAGAUGGGCCAGAUCCAGGUGCUCACCGGCUCGCAGGGACAGGUCCGCGCCAACUGCUCCGUCCCCAACCCCGGCGGCCUCCCGUGGUCCGCCGCCGUGGAGACCGUCGUCGACGCGGCGGAGAGCCUCGUGCUCUAGAGUGUACGUACAGUGCAUGUACAAGUAGGCGCCAAUCGCCAUAUGUGCUGCGUCGUUGGAUUGAAUGUCAGUUGAAAGAAUAUGGACGUUGGUUGCUGCCACGUCGCAAAUAAAUUGACGAGGAUCUACUUGUUUGUGAAUUGCAA